AUGAAUUAAAAAACUAGUACAGAUUGUUGUGUUCAAACUGAUUUAGAUUAGAUGGAGAUAGAAAUGAUUGAAAACCUUUCUCCAAAAAUGGCUUAUUCGAAUUUAUUGUCAAGAAGCGUUAACCUGAGGAGUAAGAAUCUGAAAAUAGAAGUGAAAAACAAUUUUAACACCUUUCAAUUGAGAAAAAUAGACACUUUUGAAUAAAACUCAAAAUAAUUAAAAGGAAUGAGACAUAAUUAUAUCAAUAAGUCCUUUCAUAAUGAAAACGAAUUAAAACCAUUAAGAAAAAGACAAUUUAUUCCAAAAUCAUUUCACAUUGAAACUUUUAACAAUAUUGCAACACCUUAACAAAUAAUUUUACCAUAAAAAUAGUAAUUUACACCUCUGCAUGUAUUAAAACGGAAGUUGAAUUAUCCAGCAAAUCCGUAUAGAUUAAAAACUUGUCCUGAUGAUAGUAAGUUUUGUGAUAGGAUUUUAUACACAAAUAUUAUACCAGAAAAAAUAAAACAUUUUGAUGGAAUUAAAGCUUUCAAGUGA